CAAUCUUUCGUGCAUUUCUUUAUACCAUUACCCGUUUUUAUCUUUAUAUUCAUAAAUAAAUAAACAAAUAAAAAAUUCUGACCGUGGACUUAUGGAGAUGGUUUGCUGUUGAAAUUGACGGGUUUGGAUUUAUCGCGUGAAAGUUUGACUCUGAAGCAUAAAAAUUCUGAAUUUCUUUUAAAGAUAAGAGGUUUGGACUUUUAGGUAGUGCGUGUUAGCUUUUGAAUUUCUUCAGCGAACCUCCACGUGCUUGAACUGUUGAAUUAAGUUAUGUGAUUUCAUUGUUCGAAUUUUGACGGGUUUUUCGUGGCGCUACGAUUUGGUCAGGUGGUGAAUUCCGUUUUUGUAGGUUUUUCGAAGUUGUGUAACAACCCAUUUAUGCAGCUGUUUCUAUAUUGCUAAUUUUAUUAGAUUAUUGUGAAAUUGACGUGUGAAUUUUAAAUUGUCAAGGAUUUACCAUAGAUUGAAAAUUGACAUUGGUUAUUUGGUGUGAGGAAAGAUGGAGAAAAAUGGGGAAAAUGGUUGGAGGGGGAUGGUGAGGAAGAUGCUUCCUCCAGGGGCUCCCAUUCCUGACGAUGAUAAUUUGGAUUACUCCAUAGCUCUGGAAUAUAAGGGGCCCCCAGUUUCUUAUGAGGUUCCGCGAGUAGAACCCCUUGACAUGAACUCGGAUGUGAUUCCAACUGCUGAACCCCUUUCAGAAUCUAGAAGAUCAUUUGCCCGUGAUGCAGCCCCCGUAAUUGAACCGAUUCCUUUGCCACUACCAGUGUCACGGAUUACAAGUGUCGCCAGUCCACCUAAUCAAAGUCCUAGGAUAUCAGGAAGUUCGGAGUCUGUGGUAUCUGUCUUGCAAAACCCCGAAUCUUCAUCACGUUCCCCUUCUGCUUCCCCAGGUUCUGUGCACAGUCGAUGCAGCAAUGCUCCAAAAGAGCCUCCUGGUGAAGGAAAGAAAGCCACAGUGGUCACCUUUAAUACUGUUGAUCGAUCCGAAAGAAGGGUGGUUGAUGUGGAAAAACAAUUGAUUCCUGAGUUUAUAGGAGUAACCAAGGAGAAAAAGAAGAGGAAAAAAACGAGAGUCUGUUAUAGAUGUGGAAAAGGGAAAUGGGAAACCAAGGAAUCCUGCCUAGUUUGUGAUGCAAAAUAUUGCAGCAAUUGUGUGCUAAGAGCGAUGGGUUCCAUGCCAGAAGGGCGCAAAUGUGUUACCUGUAUUGGCGAGCCAAUUGACGAGUCAAAUCGGUUCAAAUUGGGGAAACAUUCGAGGUUGUUGUCAUGUUUACUCAGUCCUUUAGAAGCCAAACACAUAAUGAAAACUGAAAAAGAAUGUUCUGCUAAUCAGCUUCGGCCAGAGCAGUUAAUUGUGAAUGGAUAUCCUUUAAAGCCUGAAGAGAUGGCAGAACUUUUUGGAUGCCCUUUACCUCCUAAGAAAUUGAAGCCAGGUAGGUACUGGUAUGACAAGGAAUCAGGUUUUUGGGGAAAGGAGGGAGAGAAACCAGAUAGAAUUAUAAGUUCAAACUUAAAUUUCACUGGGAAACUCAAUCGUCAUGCAAGCAAUGGCAAUACUGAGGUUUGCAUCAAUGGUCGAGAAAUCACAAAACUUGAACUGAGAGUACUGAAGGAUAGUCUCCUCGGUCGCUUCCUCGGGCACCCAUUACCAUGUUUUUUCUGCAUGAUAUCAUUGAUGAGGUGUUUGAUGAUCAGAUUGUUGCUUCCUAAGAUGGUGCUUUUCGUAGGUUUCUAGUACAUUGGAAGAAUUGUCCACUUAGCGAUGCUACAUGAAUUACUAAAGACAAGUUUCCUCAAUUGGAUGCUAAGUUCUUGGUUGCCUAUUUGGAUUAUACCUCGUCGAAGUCGAGUUCUCUCAACUAGAGAGAAAUGAUGGAGAAUUAGAAGGGAUAUUAUGUUUAUUUAGUUUUCAAUUUUAACGCUAUUUUAGGAAACUUUAUUAGUAUUUGAUUUAUUACCUUUUAUAGCAUUUUCUUACUUGGAAUAGGAUUUUUUGAAACCUUAUAUAAAGGGUUCUUAUGCAAUGUAAUUAGGAACCUUUGAUGAUGAAAUAAAUUGAAUUUCUUCCCCGAUUUCUCUCUUCCUCUCCCCCUCUUCUUCCCUCUUUCCCUUUCCCUUUCCCUUUCCCUUUCCCCUUCUCCAAUAAUUCUUGUUGGUCUGUGAUUAGGUUUGGACUGGGAAUGUUAUGGGUCAGACGGUGGGCUGGGUCAAAUCGGGAAUGUUGUGGACUGGGUUGGAUUUGUAGUGAGCUGGGUGAUGGGCUUGAAAGGCCAACCCUAUUAUGUAAGAGCAACAAUAACAUAGCUCUCUAGGAUUGAGCGUAACAAACUGACACAGUUUUUUCACUUUUCCUCUCCUUUUAGAGUAGCAAAGAAAAAUAAAAAAGAGAACAUAAUGGCUGAUGUUGCCCUUGCAGAGGGUCUUGGCGCAGUUGGUGGCCAUAGGGAUGAUGGAUUUUCGUAGGUGGCAGGGCAAUGGUGGUUAUUUAUAUGGUUUUAAAUGGUUGUUGACAUCUUUCGUAAUUGUAACGCGAUUCAGAGAAACACUUUGGUCAUGGGAGAGUGUCAAGCUCUGAUACCAAACCGAUGAUGAAUGCAAGGAACAAAAGAAUAAUUAAGAAUCAGAGGAAUUUAGACAGAAAGGAGAAAGAAGAGAGAAGUAAGAGGAAGAUUGUAGUUUUAUUCAAUAAUCAAGGUGUGUCUAUUACAAUCAAAUAACCUCUUUAUAAGUCUAAGCUAGGAUUAAUUAGGAAAGCUAGGGUUUCCUUUAUAAAUGAAGGAGACAUAUUCAAUUGUCAUACAAUCACAAUAAAAUGCAAUAAUAAUCAAUGAGGAAAAUACUAUAAAAUCCUAAUUGAUUUGAUUUCUUCUACAUCUAGAAUAUACUUUCAAGUUCUGCCUGUUAAUUGGUUAUUUUAUUAUGUGAUACUCAUUUGAUUGCCCCCAGGCUGAUCACAUUAGCUAGAGGAAUUCACCAAAAGAUUUGGUUUUAUCACAUGUGUUUAUAUUUAUGACUCUCCUUUCUUUUCCUUGCAUCCAACUUUCCUCUCCUUUCUCUCUUACUUAUGCUGUUGGAAAUAAAUCAAUGAAUAACUAAAAGAAGGCAUGUAAACAAAGGAGUUAAAAAUAAGGCGUAUUUCAAUCAGCCAAUAACUUAAAGGUUGGAGUAGUAUGGAGUU